UCAGAAAGCAAUCACCUGCCCUAAAAAGUAAAGUUCGGAGACAAAUGUCGAAGCGUUUGUGUCAGGGUGUCUGUGAUCAGGUGAUGUCAUUGUCAUGCAUGGAACUCUUGUCCGAAGGGGAUGUAUGAUGUGAAAGGUUCAAUGCCUGAAUUUGAAAAGGUGAUUGUUUAAAGUUAAAAAAGGCCACAGUUCAGGCUGUGUGUUGGAAACAUGGAGAGGAUAAUGAAUUCUGCAGUCCUACGUUGCAGAUUAUGACAAUGAUGGAUCGAUGCAAAUUUGAUGCUUUGUUACAGUGACAUGUACGUGUACCCGGGUGUCUGAGUCCCCUUAUGUGGACUUUUGGCAUAUUGGAGGUGCUGGUGGUAUACAGAAGUGGUGAGAUCCCAUCCGAUCAUGCAGUCGUCCAAGACCCGCCAAGCCCAGAGAGGGCUGGCUAUGGAAACCGAGAAGAUCGUGGGUCAUGACGCUGCCGGCAAGGAGGCCUUCUUCAAAACCAGGAUGAUAUCCCUCACCCCGAUGGUGCCCCUACCUGUUGAGGAGGUUAUAGAGGCAGGUGAUGCCGAAAUGGAUGACGCCUCCGAAGGCUCCGAGGAUUCUGGGAUUGACAGCACGUCACAUCAGGAUGCUGUACCCAGGCAAAAGACAAAAAAGAGAAGGGGUGCAUGGCUGAUUGCCAACUUCAAGAAGAAGAGCUGCAUCAAGUUUGUCCAGGAUCCAGACAUGUCGGCCACAGUGUGCUUCUGUGGUCGCCCCAAGCGCGCUCACAUAUCAUUUUCCCAAGACUUGCCAGUCAAGGACUCCCUGUCCCCGCUAAAAUACUUCACUGACACAGGCAGUGGCAGGAUGCCCUACCAGAUUCUCCAGGACUCCACCAGAAACAUUAGAGUGGCCCCUGAUGGCCAAGAGUCCCCAGAGUGUUGGAGCGCUGAGGAGCAUUUGGUAGAGGUCCCAACUGACGCCUUUGGCGAGAUACACUUCAACGAAGCAGUCGACAGAGUGUGCACAUCUAAGUUUGUGCGCCUCUCAGACCGGACCGAGAUGAAGCUGGUCCUGGACCUGAUGACCAAGUACUGGAAGCUGUCCAAACCCCAACUGGUCAUCUCCCUGACCGGUGGGGGGCGGAGCUUCAAGCUCAACGAGAAGGACAAGGAGACAUUUAGCCGCGGCGUGAUCAAGGCUGCCUGGACCACAGACGCCUGGAUCAUCACUAGCGGUUUCAACGCCGGCGUGCCCAAGAUCGUCGGGCAAGCCGUCCAAGCCAGCCACACCUGGGACUGGAUCAAGGCCAACAAGAGGAGCUUUGGCAGCAGCAAGCUGAAAUGCAUCGGUCUUGCACCCUGGGGCUACGUGGAUGGCAGCCAGCAACUCCUCACCAGGCAUGGCAAGGGAUCCUACCCUGCAGAAUACAAAGUCAACCCUGUUGUGAUGAAGGGUCGACCAGUGCCCCUCAAUCCAGACCACACGCAUUUCAUCCUGAUUGAUACCGGGCGGAAAGGGGAGCAGGCCUACGGAGGGGAGAUUGUGAUGCGGUCCAUGAUUGAGGAGGCCUUGGCCGCACCCCAGGAAGAUAAUGGCCUGGGCCUUCCAGUUGUGCUUGUGGUGCUCGAAGGUGGCGUGGACACUCUGCUUAACGUAAAGAAUGCUGUCUUGCGGGGGAUACCUACCGUGGUGUGCGACGGGUCCGGCAGGGCAGCAGACGUUAUAGCCUUUGCCCACAACCGAGCUGAAGGGGAAUCUGAGUCGAGAACAUUGAGUGACAAGAACCGAGAGGUCCUGCGAAACAAACUACAGAAUUUCUUUAAUAUUGAUCCAAAUAAUGAGAACAUGAACCAGCUGAUUGAGGAUGUCAUCGUUUGCAUCAGAGACAAAAAAUUGAUCACUGUCUUCCAGAUGGUGGACAUCAGUGAGAACUCGGGCCUAGACCACGCUAUCUUGAUAGCACUGCUUAAAGCACAAGCUACUACCUCCACAUACAAACUGGCGCUGGCACUGUCGUGGAACCGAGUGGACGUAGCAGAGAGGAAGAUCUUUGUAGACGACGAAAACUGGACGCCCGGCAGCUUGGAUCCUUUCAUCAUGCAAUCCCUCAUGCACAACCAGGUGGACUUCCUGCGUCUCUUCCUGGAGAAGGGUGUCAUCAUGCAGGAUUUCCUGACUGUGUCCAGGCUACGUCGGCUCUACAACUCGAUAAGCCUCCAGCAUUCUCUCAGGUCUUAUGUUGCAAUGGUUAAUAACACCAAGAUCGGCCGCCCCAUUUUCCUCUGCCACAUCAGCCAAGUCAUCAAAUUCUUGAUGGGAAUCCACCGGAACAAGCUCUAUGUUUACGACAAGCCGUUCAGCAGUGACAAGAUGGAAAGUGUUGGGCUCAUUGCUCUGUCCAGCACCCUGGCAGGGAGUUUGCUGACUCACCAGGCCCAGGAGGAGUACCUCAAGUCUGAGUUUGGCUGGAGCGUGACCAGUGGGUCCAGCCAGAAACUCAGCAUGAUCGAGCUGGCCAAUCCCGGCCUACACUUCAAGAAGCCUUUCCGGGAAUUAUUCCUGGCGGCGGUGCUCAUGGGCAGGAUGGAGAUGGCAAAGUUUUUCUGGGAGCGCAUUGAAGAUGCUGUCUGUGGGGGCAUCGUUGCCAGCACUAUCCUGAAGGGCAUAUCAGCUCUUUGCAAGGAUCCAGAUGACAUUCUGGAAGCUGAGAAAAAUGCCAGAAACUUUGAGCAGCUGGCAGUUAAUGUGAUGGACGAGUGCUACAGAACGGACGAGAUUUUGGCGGAGAGGUUGAUCCAGUGCCCCAACAAACACUGGGGUGGUAAGAGUAUCUUGAAGAUGGCCGCUGAGUCAGAUAACAAGACCUUCAUUGCCCACACCUGUGCCCAGAGUGUGGUCGAGAAGUCCUGGAUGGGCGGCAUGCGGGCCAGCACGCUGGCCGUGGGACUGGCCACCCUCUGCCCACUCUUUAUCUUCCGGAUCAAGUUUGUGGACUUGCAGUCCCCCUGCAAGGGGAAGUUCAGCCGAUCCGCAAAGCUGCGCAUGUUCUCCAACUCGCCCAUCACCAAGUUUGGAACAUUUGUGCUGUCCUACGUGGCGUUCCUGUUGAUGUACAGCUAUGUCAUGCUCGAUACAUUUGGCGACUCUCCCUCUAUCCCUGAGUGCGUUUUGUUUGGCUGGAUAUUUACAACGAUCAUCGAGGAAGUGAGGCAGUCCUUCAUCCCCGGAGAGCAUGAGACCAUCAGGCAACGUCUUCGUGAGUGGGCCAGCAAUGAGUGGAAUGUCAUGGAUUGCAUCUCGAUAGUGGUAGCGACACUGGCGUUCAUCCUUCACUGGUUCGCAGCAGCCCUGGAGUGGUCCAAGGCUUUCUAUGCCCUGAACUGUUUUUUCUACUACUCCCGUCUUCUGCGACUGUUCUCAGUCAGCGAGAAGCUCGGACCCAAGAUGGUCAUGAUCAGGAAAAUGGUAUUUGAGAUGGUGCUAUUUCUGUGCAUCUUGCUGGUGUUUCUGCUCGGUUACGGUGUAGCCAGUAACGUCCUGCUGUACCCCCACCAGGACUUUGGCUGGGAGUCCAUCAAGAACACUGUCUACAUGCCGUACUUCCAGAUCUACGGAGAGCUGUUCUUGGACAUUAUCGUUAAUGACGGCCAGUCAAGCUGUGACCCACAAGAGAUGACUUGCCCACGUCAGCAUCUCCUCCAACCCAUCAUGCUCGGCGCCUACCUGCUGCUGGGCAACGUGCUACUCCUCAACCUACUCAUUGCCAUCUUCAGCUCAAUUUUUGACGAGGUCCAGACCAACUCACUAGAAGUUUGGAAGUUUGAGCUGUACUUUCUAAUGGUGGAGUUUGAGGACCGGCCGGCCCUGCCCCCGCCCUUCAUCAUCCUGGAACACGCCUACCUGAUCCUGCGCUGGGUAUGGCGGAAGAUAUGCCACAAAUGCUGCAAGAAGGCAAGCCCUAAAGUGCUCUAUCUCAACAAGAAGAUGAAAAGAGCGCUGCGGGCAUUUGAGAAGGAGUGCGCCGCCAACUACCGACGGAAGAAGAACGAGGAGAAAUAUAUCCAAACCCCAGAACGGCUCAACCAGCUGGACAGAAGACUGAAAGACCUUGACCGACAGACCGAGAAGACCAAGGAAGACCUCCAGCGGAGACUGCAGCAUAUCCAGCAGCAACUAGAGGACAUGGCCAACUCUAACCUUGAACUGGGGAGAACGGAGUCCUCCAGCAAUGAUGAACAGAGAAGGCGGGCUAUUGCCCCAAUCCCUGAAGAGGCAGAAGCCAGCAGUGUAGAUGCUGAAUCCUUGGGCCAGGCAGCCACCACUGCGGAGGCCAGACGUUACUCAGGCACCCGCCAGCUCAUGAUGGACCUGGAGAGGAAACGAAGCAUCUCUGCCGCGCCGAGGCAGAGCGCCAAGCAACGAGAGAAAGUGCUGCUGUGUCAGCUGAACCAGGAGAUGGUCCAGACUGCACCCUCCUCCCUUCGCUUAGGGCUAGCACUGUUGGAAGAGGAGGAUAGUGCGGAAGGCAGUGAUUCAGACAACAAGCACCGCCCGCGCAAGAGAUCGACCAAUGCAAAGGUCGGGGCGCGGCGCCUCUCCAAGUCUGAGGUCAGGGGCAGUGACAGGAACCUUCAGCGCACAUCGUCCCUCUGAUUGAUUGCACUCAAAGAGUGUGUGACGCUUGCGUGGUCUUAGCAGCACAUCUGCACAUAUGCUUUUCAUCAGCACAUCUCAGUGUCUGUGUCAUAUGACACCUGUGAAUGUUAUCCCGGGGCUAUCUGCAACAGAAGGCAAGUUGUCUCCCACUGGGUUGAUGACUCUAUCUGAUAACCUGUGCAUAAAAUGUAUCCAGGGUACCAGACAAAAUCAAUCUGUGGUUGAUAAACGGUCUUUGCUCAGUGUUGCCCACAAACAGAAUAGGGGCAUAGUCUCUGUGGCAUAUCCAGCAUGGGAGGAGCUAAAAUAAAUAUCAAUAAUAAUAUUUUAUUUAUCAGAUAUUAGCACCAAAACCUUAAGAACACCACACCGCGAAAAAAAGCCAGGAUGUUGGGACCGUGAGUAAUGCUUUCAAUAUUUUUUUCUCCCCCAACAUUAUGUUGAAGAAGCCCGAAGCCGCAGUUACUUUUGAAUUUGCCCCCCUCCCCCCAAACAAGUUUGACACGCUGCUGCGUAGUCUGAUCAGUGCUUCAAAUUCUCAACCAGCAGCUAUUUGCAUCAGGACAUUUAUGGGCUGUGAUAUGAAGGGGCAAGUAUUGACAUGCAUGUGGGCCGAUGUGUUCCCCAAACGUUCUACUUAAAAAACCCAACCAGUGAGAUUUGAAAUAGCCGUCAGUGAGUUCUCAGAGGCCACAAGGCAAGUUCCCAUCCUCGCACUUAGUUUCCUGUCAAACGAGAAGUGUUGCUUGUGAAAAAGCUUACAUCAGAAUGAAUCUCUCCCUGGCCAUAUGGGUCGUUCUAUAAAUUAGGGGUCCAUUGUUUUUUAGUGUCCCUGUCACGUGACAUAUGAUUACGUAAGUUCAGAAAACAUUCUCUAAUUUCCAUGAGUGAUGAAUUAAUGGGAGUUACCUGCCAAACAAAUAUAAAUGGUUUGACAUCAAUUUAGGUGAUAUUUCCGCCAUGUCAAAUUACACAGGUUAGGUGUAAUAGGGACACACAAAUGUCACACUUUGGGACCUUGAAUUUAUAGAAUAAGUUAUUUGUCAAACCUGGGCUUCAUCAAGGAUUCGUGUCAUGAGUUAUUACGCCUUUGACUUGGCACAAGAAUGAUCUUAUGGCCAAUAGAGUAAAGCUGACAUAGGAAUGUAGCCAAUAUUUUAGGAAUGAACACAAAUGACCAUGUUUUGUAGUGUUUGAAUUGUCCACUUUUUUUGGGGGUAUUCUUUUCCUCAAAUUUGAAUGGCAUUCACUACUGUGUCUUUGUACAACAAUGCCUGACUAAAUUUGCCUUCUCUUUGAUAUCCACCUUUGUUUAAGUAGUGAUGCUUAUAUUACUUUGCACAUAAGCUUUGAUAUGUUUGGUGUUUAUUUUCACAUCCUAUAUUCUAGGUAAUUUUUUUUUUACUUUUGCAAAGUCCUGUCCAGUGACAAAUAUAUGCAACACCAAAAUAUUAAAAGCAAAACAAUACGAAUGUCUUCCAGGAAGAAAUGGCACAGUAAUGAAGAUUAACAUGUACGCAAUAUAUACGUGUGUGUGUUUAUUUUUUUACUAAAUGUACAUGUAUUUUUUGACCCAUCGAAGUUUUAGUGAAAAUGCAUUGUCUUUCACCGAGACAGAGUAACUUAUGCAAAUGAAUAGUGAAUUGAAUUCCUGUCCAUAGCAUCACCAGCUAGUUCCUCUGCCGCCACCUUUUACCAAGCCAAAGGAGAGCUUUUAACUUCCAGCAUUUUUGUUCGGAGUGGUGUCAGUUUAAGAUUUAAAAAGAACAGUCUUUCACAAAGAGAUCGAGUUAUUUUACUGUAAUAUUGCUGUCAGUGUAAGUAAGUACAGUUUUGGAAAUCUUUGAAAUAUUUGGGGCUUCCGUUUAGAGUGCUGUCUUUCACAACUAUGAAAUAGUUUUGGUACAGAGCAGAUGAUUUUUUUUACUUAUUCAGAGAAAGAUUAACAUAAUUUCCCUACUGUUUUAAAUUAAUAGCCACUUCAUUAUAUGCCUGGUAACAUUUGAUGGUGUUUGGCAUGCCUGGGUUUCAAAGCAAUGACUUUUCUUAAUCAGGUAUUCAAAUGUACAAUCAAGUAUGGCCACAUAAUUUCUGUAGUGGAACAGGCUUCUUUCUAUAUACAGAUAUGAGGCACCGUGCCGGCUAGUGCUGGAAACAAAAUUGGUCCUGAAUGGAGUAACUUAAAGGUCCUAUGCCUUGUCAUUUUUUUAACAUGGCCCUUGUAAAUCACCCUAUUAUCUUGUUUAGCUGCAGUUUUAAUUUUCAUGUUGCCACUUUUAAAGGAAAUUUUAGCGCUGUGUUUAUUUUAUGUUCAGGUUGAUGUAGUGGUUCUUUCCUCGCAUUCCACCUCUGCAGCCAGGGUUUGAUUCCCUGCCCGGUCCACUUGUGGAUUGGGUUUUCAGUCCCUACCUGACUCCGUGGGUUUUACCCAGAAUGCUCUCCUUGGGUUUUCCUCCCACCUCUAAAACUGCUUCUCAUUGUCUCCGCUCUAUAGAUGUGAGUCACUUGGCAGCUACCUAGCUGAGACGCCAUUGCAUGAUUCCGACUCAUGUCUUGUACUGACUACUGAUCUAUGUUUACCCUCAUUAAAAGAUUAUAUAAGUAAAUAUCAUAAUUUAAAAUUUGCCUAUUUUUGAGACUAUUUUUAAGACUGCCGCCCUGGAACAAAAACUCAGUCUGACAAUUCACUCCAGUACUAAUACUUGCGAGAAUUUUGGGAUAUUUUGCUGCAGCUGUCUGUAUGCCCCUCCCCCCAUUUUUUCAUGAGCAGAUCUGAGAUGCUUCCAAAAUUGUCACAUUAUUUUGAUAUGUUGACAAUGUAACUUUGAAAUACGAGGUUUAUUGUAUUUAUAAUGCAAUGUACCUUUGCUUGUAAAUUGAAUUUUAUUUUUUGAUUUACCCCCUGUACACCCGUUUUCCUGUUUGUAAUUGCAUUUGUGUAUUGUACCUAGGGAAUUUAAGCAUUUAGUUUUUGCAUUUUUUAGUUCUAAUAAAAGAAACCAUAAUGCUGCAAUACUGUUGGGCAGUAUAGCUACAGUGUAGUGAAUGAAGA